UCGAUCACUUCGCCCUCAGACUGGGGGCAGUGCGUUGUUUUGUAUGCUCGACAGUCCGACAGUUGUUUCAUGUCGUGCGAAGCUGUGCAUUGUGGAUCGCAGUGUAUUUUGCUUGGGUCGAAGCUACUGCCAGCGUUGCGACUGUAAAGCGUGGCUAGCAUAGUGCUACGGUGGUGAUUUUGACCGUAGUAAAUCUGCCCGCGUCUACUCAAAAUGAACAGGGUGCAAUGCCUUCGCCGGUAUUGCACAGCCAAGAAGCUGUUCCCACCCGUCAUGACACCGAUGCUACCACCUGGUACCUUCAAGAACAAGGUUGCCAUCGUCACUGGUGGUGGCACUGGGAUUGGCAAGGGAAUGACUGAGAUGUUUGCACAGCUUGGAGCCAGCGUUGCUAUAAUGAGCAGGAAACAAGAAGUCCUGGACGAAACUGCCAAGGAGAUUUCUUCAAAAACAGGCAGCAAGAUCAUGGCCGUUGCAGCAGAUGUGAGAGACCCUUCUGCUGUAGCCGCAGCAGUGGACAGGUGUCGUGAUGAGCUUGGCUUGCCCGACAUUGUCAUCAACAACGCAGCAGGGAACUUCAUCAGCCCUACUGAGAUGCUGUCCACCAAUGCCUGGAAGACAAUCGUGGACAUUGUGCUCAACGGGACAGCCAUUGUGACGUUGGACGUGGGGAAAAGGCUAAUUGAGGCUGGGAAAGGUGCAAACUUCCUGGCUAUUUCUGCAACCUACACAAAAUAUGGCUCUGGAUAUGUUGCGCCAAGUGCAGCAGCCAAGAGCGGCGUGGAAGCACUCAUGAUGUCACUUGCUGCAGAGUGGGCAAAGUAUGGUAUGCGCUUCAACUGCAUUGAGCCUGGGCCUGUCUACACCAAGGGUGCCUUCAGCAGGCUAGAUCCCGAUGGUCGCUUCUCCAAGGAAGCCAUGAAGGGUGCCAUAGAGAGGCAAGGGGAAAUACCUGAAGUUGUCAAUUUGGCCACGUACCUGGUCAGCGAUUACUCCAGUUGGCUGACAGGAGAGGUUAUUCGAAUGGAUGGGGGUCACCUAAACUACAAUGCCAGUGUUUUCAACAGGCUUUCCGACGUACCGAAGGACCAGUGGAAAGCCAUCGAGGCUGCCAUCAGGAGUGCCAAGGGUUCAUGAUUAUUCAUGGUUUGGCAUGAGUUGAGUGAAAUGUGCUCCUUAGGUAUAAGGUCUGCUAAGGUCUUUUUUUUUUAUUGAACUCUACAUACUUGGUGACAGCCUAGGAAUUGAGUACAAGCUCCAGCCGCAAAAUAGCAUUGUGGUUGCCUUUUGCGUCUCUGUGCUUUGAAACAUAAUUCCCGAGAGAUGCCAAUAUUGAACGACGUUUGCCUCCGCUCUGGCAACAUAGAAACAAGCGAAUGUGGUUUGUUGGCGCUUGUGCGCGAAUUCUGUUUGAGUCGGAAAGCAGUGUAUUUGAAACUGCAUUCUUGGGCUGUCACCAACUUUUGUUCUUGCGUCAAAUUGAAAAAAAGUUGCUGCAAUUUAAAAACUUGGCAGGAGUUAGGCUGCAUACCUAUGAAGGAAACAACCUUAAGUAAAGCAAGAGCCUUUUUUAGCCCAAUUAUGACAUGUUCAUUUGUGAUAGAAAGAGAGCGAGAAAGAGGGCAAGAAAGAUUUUGCAUUGCCUAAGACUGACUGGUUUGGGGAAAGUCAUGGCCAAUGGUGGUUUACUGGCAGCCACGUGUUCGGUACUUUGAAUUUAGGGUAUUAUUUACAUUCAGUAAUUUGUAGAACAGAGCCUGGGCUGAGCCUUACUUUUAUGUAUCUGACAUGCAGGAAACUAUGGUUCUGUUUUGUUAUUCUCUAAUGCAGAGCUAGUAUAAACUCUGUUCAAAAGUUGUAACUUUAACCUUUUUAUAGCUGUUGCUGUUGGUACUCUUUGUCUACUUCGUUUAACAAUGGGGGGUUUCAAACAACGGGAACUUGUUGUGCCUUAUCUAGAGCUAUAUUUUUUAUAGAAAUAAAAAAAAUGUAUUUCUACUGCUGGCU